AUGAGAUUUUGAGUGUCCAGUGUAAAUCACAGCGCGGUAGAGAGUUUGAUUAGGGUUUAGUACAGAGACCUUCGAGGAGAGAAAGAGAGAAGAAGCCAUGAGCCGGAGCUUGGGGAUACCAGUGAAACUAUUACAUGAGGCAUCAGGCCAUGUGGUUACAGUGGAGCUCAAGAGCGGAGAACUCUACAGAGGAAGUAUGAUUGAGUGUGAAGAUAACUGGAAUUGCCAGCUCGAGAAUAUCACCUACACUGCCAAGGAUGGAAAGGUUUCACAGCUUGAGCAUGUUUUCAUUCGGGCAGCAAAGUUUAUGGUCAUACCGGACAUGUUAAAGAAUGCUCAGUUCAAGCGUCUAGAUGCUAGAAUCAAGGGUAAGAGCUCAUCAAUUGGAGUUGGUAGGGGCAGGGCUGUGGCUAUGCGGGCUAAAGCUGCAGCAGCUGGCCGGAGCACACCUGGUAGGGGUGCUGUACCACCUGUUCGAAGGUAAUCUGCCCUUGGAAAACUGUAGAUCAUAACCUUCUCUCUGGAGCAUUAUUGUCAACUACUGUAGGUCAUCUGAGUAAUGUCUUGAGUUUAGGAUUCCUACUCUUGAGGCCCUUAAAACUUUAAUGAAAAAUGAUGCUGCUGUUCCUGCUUAAAUUUGUUGAAAAGAAUGGGGCGGGAAAAAGGGAUUAUGUUACCUGGACUAUCACAAGCUCAGUUUUUGUAAUCUAUUGAAUAUUACUAAUUUGAUCUUUUAUGUGUUUGGAAUUUGGACAGUUUCUAUUGGUAAUAUGACCUUUUUAUUACAGCUAAGCAUGUUGAUAUGGUCUCAGAACUGAUCCAUGAGCCUUUUUA